AUGACUGUGGAUUCCCGGUUUCCGCGCCUCCCUGCGUGCCACGCCUGCUACACGAAAAAGGCCAAGUGCGAUAACAAUCGACCGAAAUGUGCGCCUUGCGUGCGCAGCGGAGCAGAAUGCAUUACGCUUGGUCUUGAUGGCCACCAGCCGGUAUCUCGAGGGUACAUCGCCGAACUCGAGCAGAAAGUACGGUCGCUCCAGAGCAACCUACAGAAUGCCAUCGACGAACUGCCUGGGGACGGGGCUGGAGAUGGUGACAGCAGGAAGCGGAGGAACAGUACGCGCUCGACAUACAGCUCGCCCAACUUCACCGAAGGGGCGGGACUGAGUUUUAUGCGACCGCUGUUUUCUGAUCCUGGCUGGAGAGCGCAUAAUCCAACGAUACUGCAGAAUCUGUCGCGGUCUGCGCGCCUGGCUGAGGCCGCAGUCACCCCGAAUGGCCUGCCCUCUGCAGAGGAUGCGCGGGUUAUAUUCGACACGUAUAUUAAUGGGGGCCAUGUGCUGAAUCCGUUCUUGCUCCGUCGAGAGAUCGAGGACGUCUACCAGCGCGUCUUUCUCUCUGGCAAAGAGGCAUCACAGUCCGCAUCGCACGAUCUCUUUCGUGCCUUCAUGCUGCUCGCCACUGGAUCUAUACAGUCCUAUCGUCGGGGCUCUCACCAGUGGCAUCCGUACGGGUACUUCCUGUCAGCCAUGCAGCACUUCAAGUCCGACUUCCUGUCGCGCGGCAUCCAGUCGAUCCAGGACCUGCUGCUGGUCGGUCGGUUUGGUAUCUAUCACCACAUUGGCACGUCCAUCUGGGAGCUGACCCAGCUGUGCAUUCGUCUCUGCAUCGAACAAGGCCUGCACAAGCCACCCACGACCCGCAAAGGCCUGCUCCAGGAGCAGCUGGAGCGCAGGGUGUUCUGGGAAUGUUAUGUGAUUGACCGAUACAGUUCCAUUACUCUCGAUCGGCCGUUGGCUAUCGCAGAUCGAGAUAUACGCGUCUUGUUGCCUGUUGAUGCCAACGACGAGGAACUGGAGGCCGCGGAGGGGACGAUCUCCGACCUCGACCUCUUCCAGGUCUCUCCCCAGGUCCGGUCAGGGCAUUCCGAAUUGACAGUGUUCUUUACCUCUGUGCGUCAUCGCCAGAUCACAUCCAAGAUUCACGGUCUGUUCCAGUCCAAAGGCCCGUCAGGCGGUGCUCCAUCUGUCACAGCCACCGGACGCAUAUACGCAAACCUGUACCAGCUGCUGGACGAGCUGGACACCUGGCGACGAUCGAAUCCUGUCUUCGAAAAUCCCCGCUGUCUGUACGAAACGCAGGAUUGGUUCGACCUGCGAUGGAUGCGCGAGCGACUGAUUCUGGUGCGGAAGGCUAUGGACUUGGUUCCGAAGCGUGGCAAUAUUCCUCCUCGCGACCUUCUUUCGCUCUGCCUGCAAAACGCGACCAAGGUCAUUACUAUAUACUGUCGUCUCUAUGGAACCCAGCAAAUGACCUACACGCGAAGCUAUUUCCAGACUCUCUUUACCGCCGGGCUCUCUGUUUUGUUCUACCUGUCUGUGACACCCGAUCCAGAUCCCGGCACAGUCGAACAAGCAAUGGACGCCCUUGCACAGUGUGAGCAAGGGUUGAAAGAGCUGGGAGACGAUCUACCAGAUGCAUCUCAGUAUGUCGCUGUCUACGAGGCGUUGUACCGGCAUAUAUCGCACAAACUCCGGCAGAACGGGCGAUGGAGUGGCCUGACAUCUGCCAAUGUGCAUUCAUAUGCCCUCCACUCCAAUCAUAACCCAGUAGAGGAUGGCAUGUCUCAUACGCAGCUCCCUUCCGGCGUGCUCGGAGACUGGCCGCUGCCGACUCCCAACAGCCUUCCUGCAGGCACGGACGACUCGAUUGGCAGCCAACCACCCAUGCCAGAGGAGUUACUGUCCUUUGGCACGCUCUUCUGGGACGACACUGUAUGGAAUAUGGAGGCUGGGCUUGGGGAGUACGCAUACGGAAAUCCACACGGCAUUCCAGUCUGGGACGAUGGGACGUUCCCAUUAUAA